CCUACGUGAUGUGGUUUUGUUACAUUCAAGAGUCAAUUUUCAGCUUUAUAUAUAGUCAAACCCCUUUGUCUACACGCACCCACAUGUCAAACAAUGCACGCAGUAAUUGAAACCUUUUGCGGCAAACAAAACGAAUUGCUAUGGAAACAAAAAGUUAAUUCGUCUGUGUGCGGGUAGACAGCAUGCUAUGUUCAAACGGGAUGUCUUCAUUUUCGGUUUUAUUUGAAAUCCCUUUGUAAAUAACCGUUCACGAAACGUCGACUUUUCUGACGCCAGAUGUCUCUGGAAGAAUCAGACGAGUUAGAGGAUACUACAGAGUCAUUGGAGGAAAAGCAUCGAGGAAACGCAUAUGCGCUUGUUGAAAAAACGGCCGAGGGCUUCUUGGCGAAUGCACUUUGGAGAUCGAAAAGAGAGGAAGAACUGCAUCGAGAAAUAGAAGUGAUGUCUGCAGAAAAAGCCAAACGUUUGUUUAAAGACGAAAGAGAUCGGAAAGCAUGGGUGGCUGCCAUUAAAAGAUCCGUAGAGCAAAGUAUACAAUCUCAAGUGCGGGCCGCCCUUGGAACUCCGCCUGGAGAAAAGAGAAAAAAGUUACACGAACAACGGCUUGCUGAAGAGCGACGGAGGAGGCAGAUAGAGAUGGAAGACUCUGAUAAACACAGAACAACAGAAAACCGCAACUAUAGCUAUCCGUCUUUUCAAGAUGACGAUGGGGUGUUGUUUCAAAGACGUCAACAAUAUUUACAAAAGUACGCGAUCAGACGUUCGAUGAGAUCUCUUACGUUCGAUAAGUCUUCGAUGAGAGGUUCUGUUCGUGACUUCGACGAUAUAGAUCCCUUAUCUAGUGACUUUAACAAACGAUUUAGCAUCUACACGCGAGCCGCACUCGAGAAUGCUGGUAAAACGUGCUCAAACACAAAUACGACUGCUGUUUAUAAACGUUCACCAGGAUGUGUAUGGAUCGAUCACAAUGGCGAACAACAUGACAUCCCCGGCCCAUUUUGGCCCAAAGAUCACCUACCGCGCUUGUCGUGUCAGAAACACAUUCAUUUUAUUCCCGAUUUUGUCGAAAGGUUGAACACGGAAGCUGAAAAUGCCAAUGCUGGACACACAGUACCAAAUGAAGACUCACGGUAUCCUCAACAGUGGCGUGGAAACCUCACAGUUUAUGAAAGACAGAAUAGAGAGGAGGGUCAGCAAAGCCAUUAUGUUCCUUCUGGUUGUCCCCCGUGUCUUACAUUUGAAUCAAGGUUUGAGUGUGGAAACCUGAAGCAGGUCAAGAGAAUAGGAAGUUAUGAAUAUGAUCUGAUUCUCAGUUGUGAUUUGUACACCAAACGACACACGCAGUGGUAUUAUUUCCGUGUCCAAGACAUGGUUCCUGGCACCACUUACAAGUUUAACAUCAUCAAUUUGCUGAAAAAAGACAGUUUAUACAAUUACGGAAUGAAACCGCUGAUGUACUCUGAGCGUGAUGCUAAAGCGAGAGGUCUGGGUUGGAAAAGAGUCGGUUCACAUAUUAGUUAUUACAAGACUUCAACAUAUAAGAAUCCUCUGCUUCAGCGGGAAUAUGUCUACUUCACUCUUACUUUUCACAUGGAGUUUCCUCAUGAGGAUGACACAUGUUACCUGGCUCAUUGUUAUCCGUACACCUACACUGACUUGGAACUGUACCUACGAUCCAUCAUCCAUAAUCCGAAGACUUCUCAACAUGUUCAGAAAGAGGUGCUGUGUAAAACUAUGGCUGGAAACAAUUGCAAUGUCCUGACUGUGACAUCCUCUCAAGUUCCAGAAAGCGAGAAGCUUGGUGUAGUUGUGAGUGCCAGGGUACAUCCGGGAGAGACGAACGCUAGUUGGAUGAUGAAAGGCAUGCUGGACUUCUUAACCAGCGGUCAUCAUAUUGCAGAGAAACUUCGUCGAAAAUUCGUGUUCAAGCUAGUGCCAAUGCUGAACCCAGAUGGCGUAAUUGUUGGUAACUACAGAACGAACCUAGCCGCCAGAGACUUGAACAGGACUUACAAAGAUCCCAAGAAGGAGAGCUUUCCAACUGUUUGGCACAUGAAGAAUAUGCUGGAGUCAUUCAAAAAGGACCAUCAGGUUAUCAUUUACUGUGAUCUCCAUGGACAUAGCCGCAAGCCAAACGUUUUCAUGUACGGCUGCACGGCAGAUCCCAAAAUGGGAUCGAUGAGUGACUUUGUUGAGGAGCGGCUUUUUCCUUGGAUGAUGUCGCAAAAGGCUCCCGACAAGUUCUCGUUCAGUGGUUGUAAAUUCCGAGUGCGCAAGUGCAAGGAGUCAACAGCGCGUGUGGUUAUGUGGCGCCAAAUGGGAAUCACGAACAGCUUUACCAUGGAGGCCACAUUCUGUGGCGCUAACUUUGGUGACAUGGAGAAAGGUAGACAUUUUCAUGUUGGGGACUUUGAAGAGAUGGGACGACAUUUCUGUGAAGUGCUGUUGGAGUAUACAGAAGCAAAGAGUGGUAAUCGCAGUGAAAUGACCCAGGCGUUCGUAGAGCUGGCUUGCAAGAUGACACGAGACAUUCUCCGUCAAACACUAGGCAACUUCAAUCUGGAGAAUAUCUCCAAAGACAGCACCCUUUAUAACAGCCUCGAAAGUAUGAAAGCAAACGAAAGAAAUCAGCAAAACGAUUCCUCAAGGGAGCACGAGGAAACAAAUGAAACUAGUGUCAAGAAAUUUCCAAUGUCGAAGAAAAAACCCGUAAGUUUUAUGGAUGUUCGAUUGCAAGCACCCACAGGCGGAGGUGAGGACGAUGUGGAAGUAUCAGUGAAAGGUGUCCAUGUGGAUUCGUUUAACGAUUGUUUGAAGAUUCUGGAGAAUUUAGAUCUUGUGGACCGCUUCGAUGAGUCAGACUCCAGUGACUCAGACAGCGAAGACAAUGACUUUGAUGACAAGGAAGAUGGGCCGGGAUCCAGUGACAAUUCUGGGGAGAGAAAGAGGAAGAAAAAGAAGAAAAAGAAGGCUAAACAUUGGUGGGAUACAUUAUCGAAACCUCCCGUGACUUCAGAAACUGGUGAUCGUGCAACGGCAGACGAAAGUGGUAGUAUCAAGGAGAAAAAGACAAAGACGAACCAGGGAAAGUUUGUGAAUCCAUACGUGCACCGAACAAAUGGUGGAAUCCCUAUCUUCUCUCAAGAGAGGAUUCAAGAACGUGCGAAAAAGAGAGAGGAAUUGCAAAACUGUGGCUCGCAAGAGGCAGAGAAGAACGAUUUCCUGGUGAAGUUUGCAUCACAGGAACCCCAACCAUCGCCGUCGGUUCUCGCCGUAACUGAGGACACAGAACUAAGCUUUAUCACUGCUCAAAGACGUGUAGCGUAUUACAUGUUUGCUGCAAAUAAAAACCAGCAGAACUGGCCGACAGCGAACGCCCCGCCAACACGCACGAAACCGCCUCCUAGUCCUUCUAAAAACGUAGUAGAGCUGGACUCGUUAAAUUUUGACUAUCUAAUCGGGGACGGGUACGGGUUUACCAUCCGCAUCCCAGGGAGAAAACCACGAAGAUCCCGCACUCAGCCACCUUUGCAGACGUUCGAGGAGGCGCGACUGAAACCCAGGAAAAAACAAGUUUCUCCUGCCUAUGCUUUCGACUUGAGUAACGAACAGGCGACACUCCCUGGUGUGACCCCCAGUCCCUACAUUCGUCAGCAGAACCGUUACUAUAGGAACGAUUCUGAGGAAGAGUUUGAAAGAAGUAGACCUACCAAAACCGUCCACAUGAGACGAGGAAUGUCUAAUUCAUUUGACAGUGAAUUGCUCAAGGAAAAGAGAAAGAACUUUGCGAGGUCGCGCAGUGAACAUGGAAUGACAGUUAAGAGCGACGACAGUGAAGAAAUCUCAUCAAAAAGUGCUGGUCACAGACCCAGAAACGAACGCCCAAUGUUUGAACCUUCAGCGCCAAUUCCAACAUAUUCUCAUGUCUCUUCUCCGUACGUCAACCGAAAAAGAUGACACCUAAUCGCCGAUUUCCUUCAAUUUUUACAGUUCCUCACC